GAUUAAUUUUUUUUUAUUCUGUUUUCUUUUGUGGACUUUAAGAGAGUGUCUCUUUUGGGUCUUGUUUACUUGCAAGGAAUGGAUGGUGGUGAUGUUCAUUCCUGAUGCCAACUAGUAUUAAAGACAGUGAGCCAGUGUUAAAUUUUCUAGGUUUAAUUUCUUGGACUUGCUGGAAUACUUGAAUUGCUUGAGAGAUUUUUGUAGUAAGAGCUGAAUUACAUACACACAGAGCCCCCCAAAAGAAGAAGAAGCAGCAGCAGCAAACUUUGUCCGUUUAUUAGUGUACUUUUUUUCCUUCAAGGGGGGGCUCUUCUUUUGGCUACUUGGGAAGUUGAGACUUUUGGCGUCGUUUUUGCAAAUUCAUGAUCCAUUGAAGCAUGCUGUACAGAGAUUCUUUUAGAGCAUGAGCUCUACGUCAACUCAAAUUGCUGCCCUCAGAGGAAUGGGCAUUUAUGAGCCCUUUAACCAGAUUAGCUCAUGGGCACACGCCUUCAGAGAUGAUGGUAGCCUAAACAUUGGCCCAUCCACAAUUGUGCAGGUGGAUGCUGGGCUAGACGACAAGAGUGAACAUGUUUCACAUGAAUCAAUGGAACCGUACAGAAGCGAUCAAGAAGCACACAAACCUGCUGAUAAGAUACAAAGACGAUUGGCACAAAAUCGUGAAGCAGCUCGCAAAAGUCGCUUGCGGAAGAAGGCUUAUGUUCAACAAUUAGAAUCCAGCCGAAUGAAGUUGGCCCAGCUGGAGCAGGAACUUGAAAGAGCUAGGCACCAGGGUGCUUACUUAGGCAGUGCAUCAAAUUCUAGUCAUUUAGGAUUUUCAGGAACAGUAAAUCCAGGAAUUGCUGCAUUUGAGAUGGAAUAUGGACAUUGGGUUGAAGAACAACAUAAGCAAAUCUCUGAACUUAGGAAAGCAUUGCAAGCUCAUAUAACUGAUAUUGAGCUCCGAAUACUUGUUGAGAAUGGCUUGAACCACUAUAACAAUCUUUUCCGUAUGAAAGCAGAUGCUGCGAAGGCUGAUGUAUUCUAUCUGAUAUCUGGCAAAUGGAGAACGUCAGUAGAACGCUUCUUUCAGUGGAUCGGAGGAUUCCGCCCAUCAGAACUUCUAAAUGUUCUCAUGUCACAACUUGAGCCUUUGACUGAUCAACAACUCGCUGAUGUCUGUAACCUUCGUCAAUCAUCUCAGCAAGCUGAAGAUGCUCUAACUCAAGGAAUUGAUAAACUCCAGCAGACUCUGUCCCAAAGCAUAGCAGUUGAUGUAAUGGGUGUUGGGGGUUAUGGUCAGAUGGCUGAUGACAUGGAGAAGUUAGAAGCUCUCGAGGGAUUUGUGAACCAGGCCGAUCACCUUCGGCAACAAACUCUGCAGCAUAUGUCUCGGAUAUUAACAAUGCGCCAAGCAGCUCGUGGUUUACUUGCAUUAGGAGAGUACUUUCACCGUCUUCGUGCUCUCAGUUCUCUAUGGGCCGCUUGUCCUCGUGAACCCACUUAGUCAACAGAGGUAGGAUCCGAGAAAACCACUCAUAUCUAAGUUGAUUUCCCUCAAGCACCUGUGCCUCUGCAGGGGAAUGAGUUCUUGUGGCUUUUGUAAUACGGACAAAUAUUUGAUCCAGUUAUAUGUUUUUUCAAAGCAGUUAUUCUUAAGUUUAAACGGUGUAAAUAUGAAUCUUAAUGAUGCGUUCCUGAAGCAGCAACCUUACUUAAUUAAGUUGAUGCUCGGUACAUGAUGUAUAUAUUGUUAAAAAGUGUUAGAAAGUUUCAUUUGAAAUGCAGGUCAUGUUUGUACUA